GGGGGGGGGGAAGCAGAGGAAAGGGGACCAAAAAAAUGAAAAGGGUGGUGGAGAUUUGCGGAUGGGCCGUGAAACCAAGAUAUGAUCUCCCCCAGUGUUUCCACUCCGCUCGUUUCUUGUUUCCUCUGCUGGCGUGUUUCGAUCUCCGCGAUUUUUGUUAGCGAGCUCUUUUCACCGUCCUAUGAGAAUAGUGAGAGAAAGGAGACCGCGCGUAAACAGGGAAUAGCUAUUAGCAGUAGUGGCAGAUUUCCUAUGUGGGAUUUGGCUGAUGCUUGUUUGAGAUCUGCAUAUGGACCCUGGGAAGAUCGCCCUGGAACAAAUGAUGUUAUCGAAGCGGCGCAUAGCCCAUACUAAUAAUAAUACGGUAAUACCUAGCACUGUAACCGCAGCGGCAGCGGCAGCAGCGUUAACGCGUGCCACACCAAUUGUCAGUCGAUGCCGCGCCCUUUGCUUCCUGAUGCCACGGCCCGGCGGCCAAAGCGACUGGCUCUCGACGCUCUCCUACACAGCGCCGUCUUAUUACCAAUUACAAUGCGGGCGGCGUCUGCCCUCUUCCCUGGCGCUUCCUGUAACACCUGGAAUGGGGCCCCGGCAGCAAGGCGCCGGCACCGCCCAUGGGCCCCGUCUCUCCUUGGCACACAAGACCCAUGUUCACAUGUCUCAGCCCCUCCCCGCCCCAGCAGGUUUGUUGAUGGUCCUGAUGCCAAGGAAGGCGAAGCGAACGGCAGCCAGAGAACCAAGUUCAGCCAGUGAGAAAGGCAUACAGCAGUACGGAGUAUAGUCAAGGGAAACUGGCCAACCAACUCUGCGUUUGUCGCACAGGCGGCACCUCUUGUUUUUUU